ACUGUACCAAAACUUUCAGGAACAACCUACAAACAGGGUUUUCAGAAGCACCAAUUUACAAUAGUAGCAGCGAAGUCAAUCAUGUUGUCAUCGGGAAUUAGGAUCAAUCAAACAUGUCGCCAAACAGAUCUGAUCAGCUUCCUCAGAUCUUUUAUUACCGAAGUUACACCAAUAAGAGAGCGCCGACCUACUUCUACUAAAGCUCUCAAUAAUGUCUGUAGCCGUCAUUUUUCAGCAUCUUGCUCCAGCCGCGCAAGGCUUCCAUAUUUCCAUAAGCAAUUAAAAAAGAAGCCCAAAAGCGAAAAUAACCCUAUGAAAGAAGCAGUAGAAUUGGAUCACGCCAAUCUCGCGACAAAGCCUGCCUCAAUCUCCAAGUCUUCAUCUUUGCCCUCCUCGUCACCAUCCAUCCUUUCAUCUUCAGAAGGAUCGAGCACACCAUCAAUAUCCAAACGUCAGGCUUUUAAAUCCAUUACACCUCCUACGAAACUCAUGAAUGAGAUCCGAAUAUUGGGUCUGGGUGCCAAAGCCGAAACUUGGUCCUUUGACAAUUCCGACCGUGGCAAUAAAACCAUUCGUCCCUGGGAUAAAAAACUCUCGCCGGAUGAAUGGAAGCAGCAACAACGAGAGAAUAGAUUACCAGCCAAAAAAGUAUGGUUCGAGCAAAAGACCAAAAAAAUCGUCGAGAAGGAAGAAGUCAAAUUUCCAGGAAUGCGAUUCGUUGCAGGCGCUUCAACCAUGAAGAGCGUCCCACAUGAGGAAGCCCUGUUGAAGUUGAUUCGGCCCAACCUAUUUGAUGAGCUGGAAGAAAUCGAUCGUUUAUUAAAGGAUUCGAGAGAAAGCCUCAGUUCUUCAUCGCCCUUUCCUCAGGACCAAGAGAGUUCUAGUAUAGCGACUGCGCGGUUGAAACUCAGUCCUGAAGAAAUCAAAGAGCUGGAAGCAAAGAAACGGGCUAAAGAAUGGGAAAUCAAGGAUUCUGUAUUACAAGAGAUUGCAAUCGUUGGGAGAUCUAAUGUAGGCAAAUCUACCAUGUUGAACACCUUGACUGAUUCCCCAAACACAGCACGUGUAAGCUCAAAGCCUGGUUUGACCCGUCAACUGAACUUUUAUCGAUGUGGUGAAAAGUUUGUGGUUGUGGACAUGCCCGGAUAUGGGUUUGCAUUUGCAAAAGAAGAGGAUAAGAACAACUGGAAAGAAUUGAUUGAAGAGUACCUGAGCUCUCGUAAGACAUUGAGACGGAUCUAUGUCAUGAUCGACGCUCGUCAUGGACUCAAAGUCGCAGAUAAGGAGUUUUUAUCGAUGUUGGACAGUAAAUCGAAAAAGUUCCAAGUAGUUCUCACCAAAUGUGAUUUGGUCAAUCCACCUGAUCUGGCUCGUUGUUACAUGCUUGUUCAAGAAGAGCUCAAAAAGACGUAUCGUCAUGCCAUCUCUGAACGCCUAUUAAUGAUCAGUUCGUAUACAGGAGCAGGCAUGAACAAUUUGAGGAAGGACAUGCUGUUUGUUCUUGGAUAUGACAUUCUUGUACGCGAUCGAGAACGACCAAAGAGUACACUUCGGUGAUUUGUCUACAUAGGACUUAUGCUUUACAUAGUAAUUGAGUUGUACUAUACCCCAUAUCAAAUAAUUGAUAUUAUCUUUGAUACUCGUGUGUCCUUGAUGGAUAUUAUAUUAGACAUGAAUC